AUGGACCGUCAUAAUGAAGCAGUUUCUGCCAUUGCCUCUUCUAUUAAACAAUUUUACGAUAGGAAAGAGGCGUUUAGAUUAUAUCAUGGAUCGACCAAUAGUACACGAGAUUCGAAUCGGCGCAGAGACCGCAUGAUCGAUACGAGCAAAUUAAAUCGAGUGCUUCAUGUAGACACGGAGAAAAAGGUAGCUCUUGUUGAACCAAAUGUACCAAUGGAUAGUCUUGUUGCGGAAACUCUUCGCUAUGGUCUUGUACCCCCGGUGGUUAUGGAGUUCCCUGGUAUUACCACUGGAGGAGGAUUUGCUGGUACUUCUGGAGAGAGUAGCUCCUUCAAAUAUGGCUUCUUUGAUCGCACAGUCAAUUGGAUUGAGAUGGUUCUUGCAAACGGCGAGAUCGUAACGGCUUCCAAGAAUGAGAAGCCGGAUUUGUUUUAUGGUGCGGCAUCGUCUUUUGGAACGCUAGGAGUCACGACUUUGAUUGAGUUGCAGCUAAUUGAAGCGAAACCCUAUGUCGAGUUGACGUAUAUAAAUAUUAAAAGCAUGGAAGAGGGGAUACAAAAGAUUGAGAAAAUUACCAAGGAUUCAAACGUGGACUACCUUGAUGGUAUCCUGUUCAGCAAAGAGACUGGCGUCAUCUGUUCCGGACGUUUGGUUGACAAACUGAAGCCUGACACACACAUACAAGGCUUUGUGAAAAAAUCGGACCCUUGGUUUUAUCUCCAUGCCAAGAACUUACAUGAUAGGAGUUACGGAUCAAUCACAGAAGCUAUCCCUCUUGUUGAUUAUCUGUUUCGAUACGAUCGAGGAGGCUUCUGGGUCGGCAGAUAUGCAUAUAGAUACUUCAUUACCCCAUUUAAUCGUAUCACGCGUCGUCUACUCGAUUACUUUAUGCAUACGCGAGUGAUGUAUCACGCGCUACACCAAAGCGGGCUUUCCAAAAAGUAUAUAAUCCAGGACGUAGCAAUUCCAUAUCCCCGCGCCACGGAGUUCGUCAAUUACCUAGACAAGGAUUUCGGACAGUGGCCCAUUUGGUUGUGUCCGCUGCGACAGGACGGGCUCUCCAGCGAAUCGCCGCUGGGACUCCUCGCUGAGAGAAACGGAAAUUCAUCUACUCCUAAAAUGUUGCUCAACUUUGGGGUUUGGGGACCAGGCCCAGAUGGUCGUGAUGCAUUCAUAACAUGGAACCGAAAGUUUGAACACAAAGUUCGAGAGCUGGGUGGACAGAAAUGGUUGUAUGCUCACGCCUAUUAUACCGAGGAGGAAUUCGAUGAGAUUUAUAAUCGGAGUUGCAAGGAUCGUGGAAAUUGUGGCUGCUGA